AUCAGAAAAUCUCUCUCUCUCUCUCUCUUUUAUUUUCUCUUGAUUUCCUCUCGGAUUAUCUUCGAUUCCAAGCGAUCCGGCCGUUCGAUCGUUGAUCCGACUUCGCUUUCAUCGUUAAAGUGCCCCCGAUCUACAAGGAGGUAAGUGUUUUGGCUUCAUCCUCUCUGUUUUGCUUGUUGUUUUCGUGAAAUGAGGCUUGAGGCGCGAUGGGGCUUGUUGGCCGAAUGUUUGAGGUUAGAUCUACGAAGAUCCAACCGUUGGAUUUUUGUGAUUCUUGGAUAUGAUGGUCGGUUUGCUUAAGAGGGUUGGGUGGCGGUCUUGGAUCGCUGGAAAUCGCCGGCCACGGUGGCCGGCGACGUUGGCAGUAUUUUUUCUCUUUUUGGCCGAAACUUCGACUCUAGAUCUACGAAGAUCUAGCCGUCCGAUCUUUCUCAUUUUUGGGUAUGUUGCUCUCCUUAGUGUUGCGCACCUCGGGGUAGUUUCUGAUCGUCGAAAAAAUGGCCGGCGGCCGGCGAACGGCGACGGCCAGAUUCGCCCCUAUUUUCGGCCGAAAAUUAAAUCUCAGAUCUAGUAAGAUCUGACCGUCCGAUGGGUUUCAUUUUAAUAUAUGUUGAUAUUCGUGGCGAGGGCUUCGUAUCGGUAUAUUGGUCGGCCAUUUUUGGCCGGCCGGCGGCGGUCGCUGGCGGUGGCAGUGUGUUGGAAAGAAAAGAAAAAAAAAAAAAAGGAAAAGAAAAAGAAAGAAAAGAAAAGAAAAGAAAAGAAAGGAAAAAGAAUAAAAGGAAAUAAAAAUAAAAAAAAAAAAUAAGGAAAAAGGAAAUGAGGGCUUUUGGGGUUGGGCAUGUCGGGUUAGGUUUUAGCCUAGGAUGGCGGGGCCCGAUUGGGUUUUAGGAUGGCCCAAUGUGUUGGGCAUGACUGACCCAGUUGUGGCAGCCCUUGGGCUGGCCCACUCGGCUUGUUCUCCCUUGUCGUUUGUCCGGGAACCUAGGAUGACUUGGUUAGGUUGGUCCUACUCGGGAUAUCGAUGUCAGUUUAAUUUGGGUUCUCUUUAGGUCUCCUAGAAUUGGCGAUAUGAUUGGCGAGUCAUUUUGUUGAUCGGAGUCCUAAGGAUGAAGCCCUAUUAGACGACUCGAGGCCGAGUAAGACUGACCCUGAGUGCGUUCUAGGCUAGCCUAUGAUGAUGACGUGGGUUUAUUUCGAAUCCUGAUUUCUGAUGGAUUCCUUUUAUCUGAGGCUAGAAUAUUGCAAUUUAUUCCUUUUAAACCAUUUAUUAAAUUAUUAAUUAAUUAUUAAGUUUUCAAGAAAAUUUAUCAAUUUAGUUAUAAAUAUAUAUAUGUAUGUAUUUUUGAUAAAGGAGGAAUUUAGAUAAAAAAAAUAUAUUAUCUAUAUUAAAAGAAAACUAGUUUAUGGGUAAAUAUAUAUAUAUAUAUAUUAUGAUAUUGCAGCCUAUAAGUGGGUGUGUAGUUCCACUAUACACUUACGCGUAGCAAGCAAAGCGAGACAUGAUGACGUAGUCGAUGGCUUAGCUCGACGAAUUCCAUGACGCCAGAUUUGAAUAUUGCGCGGGCCAAGGUACCAAAUAAUCGAUUUAGGGUGUUAGGCAAUGGUUAGGAUUUUCGGUAAUUUCUUUACGUCGUUAUUCUUGUUACCUAAAUGUGACACCCCAUUCUAUUUAUUGUAGGCUCAGAUUCUCAGGAUUUUGUUCGAUCUUCUCCCCAGACUCGGACUUGAGUCAUCAUUUCCCAGGGAAUUCUCCUUUUGAUUAUUGGUCCAGCAGAUCUUCUGGGAUGAUACCUACUCGUUCUCGGACAGCAUCCAGGCAGACAGAUUCUUUAGGGGGUGAUCAGGCUCCUCAGCCCUCACCUACCAGCGGUUACACGGUCAGAGGCCGUGGACGAGGUCGUGGCGAACGACGUGGCCGAGGCCGAGGUAGAGGCCGGGGCCGUGGUUCGGGUCGCAGUGGAGUUGACUUUGAUGGUAGUACUCUGACGAGAGAUAGGGACCAGCUGAUUAUUGACUCCUUGGCAAACAUCACGGUGCUGUUGACAAAUAUAGUUAAUUCUCAGAGACAGCCAGAGGCGCCAGGGGGUGUGAGCCCUGAUACUAGGGUUGGUGGCGGCACUGGAGAUGGCACCGAGGAUGGCACUAGAGGUGGCACUAGUGGCGGCACUGGCGACGGUGCUGUGGCUGGUGGCGCCAGGGGGGCCGUUAGCGGUGGCGCUGCAGGUGUUGCCGUCGGCACUGGUGAUGCAGGCGAGACUAGGGGACAGCCUCCAGUGGACCUUCCAGUGGACCCUGAGGCCGUUGGGAUAGAUUAUGAGUUUGAGCGGUUUAUGGGUCUGAAGCUGCCCCAGUUCAGAGGUGCGAGAGAUAAGGCUGAAGAGGGUUAGAGGCGACGCUGGUACUUCCUUCUCUUCUGGGAAGAAGGGGAAGGGCACGACGAGUUUGCAGCCGUUGGCAGUAGCGCCACCAUUUCCUUCAUUGCCUGCGCCCCCUUCCCAAAGACAGCAGCAGCAGCGGCAGUGGCAGCAGAGACAGGAAGAGAGGCCCCUAUGUCCGACAUGUAAGAAGAGACACUCAGGGGUGUGCAGGUAUGCGAAGGCCCCGAUUACAUGCUUUAGGUGUGGACAGUCAGGUCACAUCCAGAGGGAUUGUUCACAGCUAGGGCGAGGCCCUCCAGGACGACAGGCUCCAGCUCAGCAGCCGACAUCUAGAGCUCAGAGCAGCGCUCCCCAGCCUCGAGGGGGACAUGGCCCACAGAGUCAGCCGAGGGUCUAUCAUAUGACGACUCAGGAUGCCCAGGCAUCCAAUCAGGUGGUGACAGGUACGGUUCAUAUCUGUGGUCACAGUGCACACGUGCUAUUUGAUCCCGGGGCGACGC